UAUACAGAAAACGUACAUUCUGUCUUCCCUACUGUUAUUGUGUAAAAACUUCUACCUUUUUUGUUUUCAUCACAAAUAGCACGACACAAAAGUAAUCAGAUCGGGUCUUGAAUGAAAAUUGCAAAGUGCAAGUGACUCACCGAUCGCUGCUGCAUCUCCCGAGGCCGGCACAACAAUCGAAGCGAUCCCCUUAUCCUCCACGCCCACCAUGCAGAAUAAUAGCUUCACCCAUGAUCAUCAUUACGCGCAUAAAGCCAAUGCACACCAAAAUUAAAAUCCCAUAGCGAUAACGUUAGACAUAGCUAUCCGCAUCUCUGUUUUUUGGGCACCGAUUAAAAAAGAAACUUUCCCUCUCUAUAUAUACGUUUCUCUAGCCUCUCGCAUUUCCACACCAGUAAAAGAAAGUUCAAUUUUGUUGAGAGAAAAGCACAGAAGAUGAUGGAUUUGGGGACAUAUGGUAAUUCCACUCCCAUGGCGAGGAAGAUUGCUUCGGGAUAUGACGUGCCGGAAGGAGUGGACAUCAGGGGACGUUAUGAUGAAGAGUUUGCGAAGAUCCUGACAAAGGAUGCUUUGCAGUUUGUUGCGGUUUUGCAGCGUGAGUUCCGAAGCCAUAUCAAGUAUGCAGUGGAGUGUCGGAGGGAAGCUAAGACGAGGUACAAUGAGGGGGCGGUGCCGGGGUUUGAUCCUGCCACAAGGAACAUAAGGGAAGGUGAGUGGAAGUGUGCUGCAGUCCCACCAUCUGUUGCUGAUAGGAGGGUGGAGAUUACUGGACCUGUCGAAAGGAAAAUGAUCAUCAAUGCACUCAACUCUGGUGCAAAAGUCUUCAUGGCCGAUUGUGAAGAUGCACUGUCACCAAGUUGGGAGAACCUGAUGAGAGGACAGGUAAACUUGAAGGAUGCUGUGGAUGGGAGUAUAACCUUUCAUGACAGGGCCAGGAACAGGGUUUACAAGCUGAAUGAUGAGAUAGCCAAGCUCUUUGUCCGCCCGCGAGGCUGGCACUUGCCCGAGGCACACAUCUUUAUUGAUGGUGAACCUGCUACUGGUUGCCUUGUGGACUUUGGCCUCUACUUUUACCACAAUCAUGCAGCAUUCCGCCGCAGCCAAGGUGCUGGGUUUGGGCCUUUCUUUUAUCUUCCUAAGAUGGAGCAUUCAAGGGAAGCGAAAAUAUGGAACAGCGUGUUUGAGAGGGCAGAGAAGGUGGCAGGGAUAGAAAGAGGGAGCAUCAGGGCCACCGUUCUAAUCGAAACACUUCCAGCAGUCUUUCAAAUGGAUGAAAUUCUGUAUGAGCUAAGGGAUCACUCUGUCGGUUUGAACUGUGGAAGAUGGGAUUACAUCUUCAGCUAUGUCAAGACCUUCCAAGCACAUCCGGAUCGCCUGCUACCAGAUAGGGUUCAGGUUGGCAUGACUCAACACUUCAUGCGGAGCUAUUCUGAUCUCCUCAUCAGGACGUGCCAUAGGCGUGGUGUCCAUGCCAUGGGUGGCAUGGCAGCUCAAAUUCCUAUUAGGGAUGAUCCAGCAGCAAAUGAGGCAGCAUUGGAUCUGGUGAAAAAGGACAAGCUAAGAGAAGUGAAGGCAGGGCACGAUGGAACCUGGGCAGCCCACCCUGGACUGAUCCCAGCUUGCAUGGAAGUCUUUACCAACAACAUGGGCUCUGCCCCUAACCAGAUCCAAACCAUGAAGCGCGAAGACUCAGCCACCCUAACUGAAGAAGACCUCUUGCAAAGGCCUAGAGGACUGCGCACCAUGGAUGGUCUUCGGCUCAAUACUCGAGUUGGGAUACAGUAUUUGGCAGCAUGGCUCACUGGAUCAGGGUCAGUGCCGCUUUACAACCUCAUGGAAGAUGCUGCAACUGCUGAGAUUAGCAGGGUUCAGAACUGGCAGUGGUUGAAAUAUGGAGUGGAAUUGAAUGGAGAUGGGCUUGGGGUGAAAGUGACAAAGGAGCUCUUUGGAAGGGUGGUGGAAGAAGAGAUGGCUAGGAUUGAGAGAGAGGUUGGCAAAGACAAGUUUCAGAAAGGAAUGUACAAGGAGGCUUGCAAGAUUUUCACCCGGCAAUGCACUGCCCCAAUACUGGAUGAUUUUCUGACUCUUGAUGCUUAUAAUCAUAUUGUCAUAUAUCAUCCCAAAGGAUCAUCCAGUCUCUGAACCACUCCAUUGUCUUCUUCCGUUGCUGAUUUGGUGUUUGUCUUCAAGUAUCACCACCUGCAUUUCUGCUGAAUAAUAAUUCCUUGUUAUUUCCGUACUCAUGUUGCUUCUAUACUUUUGCCAAAAACUUCUGAUCGUUUGAAUAAGUUGUACUGGGUGCUCAACUUACACCUUAUAUGUGAAAUUUUGAUGAGACUACGACUCAAAUUCUUGGGUUUACUGGGCAUAUAUAGUACUAGUGUGGAGAGAGAGAUUUAUAAAGUGAAAGCAGAACGAUAAAGACUUUCUUAA